AUCCGAACGCGCUUAUGAGAACCAGUUGAUGCAAGGAAUACAAAGUAGGUCCUUGAUGAAUCAUCGCGCAUGCUGAGCACAAUUCUUCCAUAGCAGUGCGCGCGUGUGGUAUGCCGAUAUACCCAUCGUCGCCACGGGGAGUUAUGCGAACCCGAGAACCGCCCGAGAGUUGCAUGGUGGCGGCCGUCCGUCUUCAUACUGCUUUGCUCCAAGAUUCCCAUCUUCGCGCCCAUGUGGUACAUGCUGGUCUGAACUACCUCGCAUGCUCGCCGCCGCGGUUCACUGUUCCGGUCGGGUAUGGGCAGAGAGGCAUGGGCAGGCGGCAAAAAAAAGAAAAACGCAGACUCGCCCACUCGGGCUCGACUGGAAAUCUAGAUAGCCGUCAUCAAGGCGGAGAGCACAACGCUUGGUACCCGAACCGACUGUCAGGACCGCGCCCGCUCACUCCCACUCAGACUGUUUGGAACAUCGUCCCGUCUCUCGCCCUGGCCCGAACUGUUGAAACCAACCCGCCCUCUUGGUAUAAAGGCCUCCAACUGGUACCUGGGUUGUCGAACCGGGGCCUCUCUCUGCGCUACGCAAACUCCAUCAGUUCCUCGCAACUGUUUGACCGAAGAGGCUAGGACCACGACCGAUCCCCGAACGACAGCACCGUGCUUCCGAGGUUAACCUGCGCCGCGACCACACUUUAUAGCUCUGGAUUUCCACCUUAUCUAGAGGUUGGAUCGACCGUUUGAGGUUUGGGGUUCUGGAAGCUCUUGAGACUCGGCUUUCUCAUUCUCUCUCUCCUCUUCCUUUCGUUAAUAACGACGAUUGCGCGAAGUUUGUGAUAGGACCGGUAGCAUUGGUUGCUUUCGAGACAACAAUAUCCGAAAUGAGGUCGACACUCUCGCAGAGCGUGCUCUUUCUGCUCUACGGCCUCGCUAUAGCGGCCCCGUCCAACUCGGGCGUCGCGAAGAGGCAGGAUGAGCCGGCAGC